CCGCAGGGCCAUCGGGGCCGCCCGGGGCAUGGCCCAGAGUGUGGUCUAUGCCGACCUGAAGUUUGCCGCGGGCCCAUCCACCGUCCCCGAUGAGGAUGACAGUCCCUACGAGAACGUGCCGCUGGGACCGCUGUCAGCAGAGCCCAGCCCAGGGCGCUGGAUCCGGCCAUGGCGUGUCCCCACAGCGCUGCUGGCAGCCAGCCUGCUCCUGCUGCUGCUGCUGCUGGUGGCCGUCGUGGCCCUGGGGGCUAGCUACUGGCAGGUUUCCCGCAGCCUGCAGGACACCUCGCGUGAGCACAUGGCCGAGCAGGGCCGCCUGUCACAGGAGUUGAGGGCACGGGAGCAGAGCCUGGAGCAGAUACAAGUGGAGCUAGCAUGGGCCAGAGAAGAGCUGCAGCGAGCGUGGCAUGAGUACAACAUCACCGAGAUGGAGCUGGAAAGCAGGAGUGUUGAGCUGGGGCAUACCCAGCAGAAGCUGGUUGUGUUGCAGAAGGAGAUGCAGGAGGUGCAGGGGAAGCUCAACAUCAGCGAGAGCACUGUGAGCAGCCUGCGCUCCUGCGUGAACACAGAUUGCUGUCCCAGGGGCUGGGUACUCUACAGGAGCAAGUGUCUCUACAUCUCAGUGACAAACAAGACCUGGGAGGACAGCCAGCAAGACUGCGCAAGGAGAUCUGCUCAACUGCUGGUCCAGGACGACUGGCCACCAUUGAUAGUGCCGCAAUUCGUGCAUGAGUCUAAUGCAAACUACUGGAUUGGAACAAGAAUUUUUUAUGAGACAAAGAGAUCUGUGUGGGCAGAGAGACGCCGUAAUUCAGACUGCUGGUCAGUAGUUAACAAGGAAAUGUGGAGUUUCUCAUGUGCGCGUCGAUUCCCGUGGAUAUGCGAGAAAUCCCCAAAGCUGACCAGUGCAUCUGAGACCCGACCUCCUUUUCUGGCCAAGGACUAACUUCUGCCACCCCCCUCCAUCACUGGACUCAGGAACAGGACCUGGGGGUGCACCCUGAGAUCCUGUCCCCUGUGCACAUUUUGCCUCAAUUGCAUUGCAAAACUGCUGGGAAAAGGUGUGUCUAUUUUAAAGCAAGGAUUAUGAAAAACAUAAUUCCCCUCUCCCGCACUCAUGCAUACACAUAGUAUACUGCUUUGUACUGUGCCACUGUAUGUCCCUGUGUGCCCUGGCCAGUGCAUCUCUGACCCAGGUCUCCAUUGCAGAACCCAGCUUCCUCCUUCUUUGUUACCCUAAGGCUGCCAGGGGUGCAGGAUCUGCCAUUUGCAUCUUUUUGGAGCUGGGGGAUGACACACUGAUGUAGUCAACCUGUCCGUUCUGGGGAAACCUGCAGAUUAACAGCCUGUCCCUUCUCUCAGCAUUGACAGCUCUCAUCCUGCCCUUUCUUCUACCUUCAUCACCUGCCCAGGGCUUUGGGCUGAGUCCUGCCUGGGAAGGGUGCUGACAGUGAUGCCUUCAGCAUGAGAAAAUGCUGGGAAGCCCUGAGAUGAUAUAGGAAAUGGGGUAGUGCUGGGGAGCUUUGAGAACAGAGUAGAUGAAUGGGGAAACUCUGAAACCAUGGGAGGAAAAUGAGGGUAAUGAAGAGCCCUAAGACAAUAGGAGGUGAAUGUGGGAAUCCCGAGACCAUGGAAAAAGAAAGGGGGUGCAGUGGAACUGCAAAUGAAGGUGGUCAUGAAAAAAAGGAGAUGCAUUGAUAAGACAGUGGGAGAGAGGAAUGAGCACUGGGGAGACUUGGGAAUGUGGGGAAAAGGGAAGAUCUCUUCCACCCAGGGGGAAAGAUCCCUAAAAAUGUGGUGGGACCUUAUCUGCCAAAGGAGGGUGAUGAGAGAUCCCUGUCCAGGACCCAGUUGGGUGUGGGGGUGAGCCCAGAAGCAGCGCUGACCCUCCCUGUCUCACUCAGUGUUUCUGCAGAGAGGGGAAUGUGUUAGCAACCAUUUUGCUAAGGUGGACUUGAGACAGCCUGUUGCGUCCCAGGAGUAAGUGGGGGAUGCCAUGAGUGGAAUAACCUGGGAUGAGACCCCUGUUUAGGAACAUUCUCACGCAGUCCCGUGUUGUUUUAUGUACCCCGGUUUCCAAGUGACAUCACCCCAGUUACAUCAUCCAUGUUAUAUCACUCCUUGUCCCUACCCCAAAAGUUAUGUCAUCCCUGUUCUCCUUCCCAGUUCCAGAAUGUUCUCUGUUCCUGUCUUCCCUAUUGGUCCCUGUUCCCUGUCUCUCCACCCCUGGACCCUGAUUGGUUGUUACUCUUUGACCAUGCCUUUGCACUGCCCCUGUGCCUUCAACCCAUUGGCCCUCAGUCCUGAGGCUCCGCCCUUUCCUGGUUGUAUAAAGCCCUGAACCCCUCCUUGUUCUU